AUGCACGCAGCUGUUGUCACAGAAUUCGGUCAGCCGCCAAGGUACACCGAAACCACUAGCCUACCACCCGCUUCCCCCGAGCAGCUCCGCCUGCGCGUCCUCGCCGCCGGCGUGCCCAACGUCGCCGGGAUGAUAGCAGCAGGGAAGCACUUCAUCACCGCCUCGCUCCCAUACAUCCCCGGCAUCGACGGCGUAGGGGUCGACGAGACCGCCAGCCCGCCGCAGAAGUACUAUUUCUCCACCCUGCCCGCCAACACGGGGUCACUCUCAGAACAUGUCAACGUCGACCGCAAGUCCGCGGUACCACUGCCGGACGGCACGGACGAGACGUCUGUUGCUGCGCUGGUGAACCCCGCUCAGAGCAGCUGGAUGGCCCUCUGGCACCGGACGAGCAACCUGCCUCGGGGGUGGUCCGUUGCCAUCCUGGGUGCCACAAGUGCGAGUGGCCGAAUCGCUGUUGGGGUUGCGAAGGCACUCGGGGCCGGUCGUAUUGUUGGCAUAGCGAGGGGUGAGAAGGCACUCGCAGAGGUUGAUGGUCUGCAUGAGAGAAUAGUGCUGGACAGCACAGACCCGGCCAAAACCGACUUCUCAAAGCUGGGUGGUCACGUGGAUGUAGUCCUGGACUACGUCUACGGCCCGGCCAUGCUCGCGCUUCUUUCUGCGCUGAAACCUACGACGGAGGUUCAAUAUGUCCAAAUUGGGGUUCUGAGCGGAGCCGACGCCGCGUUGCCUGCUGCCCUGCUGAGAAGCAAAAUGAUCACCAUGAGAGGGGCCGGCCCAGGCUCGUGGACAAUGGCACAGAUGGCAGGAGAGACAGCAGACUUGCUCCAGGCGGUGCAUGGGUUGAAGGCUGAUUCAUUACACAUUGCAAGGUUGGAAGAAGUGGAGGCUGUGUGGAACAGCCCUGAUGUAAAAGGGAAGAGGCUUGUGUUUGUGCCUUGA